UCUAUCAUUUUCUUCCCUUUGCGAGAUUCUUUAUCUGUUUCUUCACAUCUUUGCCUGGAUAAAAGGUUUCUUGCUUUAUCUUUCUUCCUGGACAAUCAUCAAGAGACUCUCAGUCUUUUGGAGUUUGAUCCCAGGUGCAGGAGAUAUUCUUGCCAGUGAAAGUUGGAUCUGGUUUUCCUUUGCAUAUCGACAUUAACCGGUCUAUCCUGGCACGCAUAUCGACUUGAGCGUUCUCACAAUGUCUGGACAAGAAGACAGAGACACCUUCAGACAGCUUAGGCACUUGCCUCCCCCUCAGCCACAGUAUCAGCGGCCCUAUCCGAUGCUUGCAAAUGUGGCCAAUCCGUCGCAGGUUUAUCCAGAUGCUCAGGUUAGUUGACUUUGUCUUCUUGCUCCCCUUCUGCUUCCCUUGCCAAAAUUUGGGACGACUGACAUGCAUUGUUUCCAUCAUCAAGACUUAUGGCAUUCCCCCUCAGGAUCCUCUCCCACUGCAUGUCUCUCCACGGGCCCCUGAGGUUGUUGGUAUCCAAGAAUACACAGGAACGGGCCCAGCUUCUUGGACAAUUAGUAGAGUUACUCCUCAGCACGGUUAUCAGUGCCCUUAUCACAGCGCAGCGAGUGCUCAAGCUCAUUACUACCAAGUCGAAGGCCAGGUCCGGUACAUCCAAGCCCCAGUUCCUGUGCAUAGAGGACCAAGCCCUCAAGUGAAUGUCGUCAGAAAUAACACUCCCGUAUCGAUAACCCCUCUUCCAUCGCCUUUGGAGCCUCAGCAGACCUAUUACGAUCUGAACUUGCCUCAUACGCUGUCCGCUCAGCACGGGUUCCCGGUAGAGCCCCAGUCGCAGGCUAUCUCACUCCCAGCGCCAUCUGGAUACUCAAGGGAGAGUACUGCCAAUACUACCUCACAGGCUUCGUCACAGGCUCCCUCGCAAGCUCCUUCGCAGGCUCCCACUCCUGUUCCAGCUACCCAGCCGGAAAAAAAGGAGAGCAAGCCCAAGCCGAAGCCCCGUCCGCUCAAGUUGAAAAUCAAGACGGCUCCAUCUCCCACCCUAGAAGCCGAAGACAUGACGACCUCCAAUGCCGCCUCCAUGGCCCAGGAAGAUAUACCCAUUCCGGCCGAGUCUGCAAUUCUGUGUGAAUUUGAGAUGAUCACCGCACACACUGCCAAGUGCGACGUCUGUAAUCAGCGCAAUGGAUCUGGCAUGUCCCGCUGUCUGACUUGUGGCUGGCAGUCUUGUCACGCCUGCACCAUUGCCCGCGGAUGUCUUCGAACCCAUCAUGCAGCAAAGCGUGUUCACACUGGCCCCAUCGAUCGUAACACCCUGUUAGCGGAUGAGAAUAUCAAGGGCAAGAAAAGAACCCGCGUUCAGCAGAAGAAGACCGAAGUUGCUGCUCAGCCCAGACCUGAAAGGGCCGUCAAGAAACCUCGCGGCAAGAAGACUGUACAGGAGGAGCCAGAGAGUACAGCACCUACAUCCCAAGCCGACGCUGUCGACGACAUACGCACUACCAACGUCGAAGAUCUUAGCCCUGUUAUGAUCGGAGCUCGAAACCUGUACGCAUUUAGCUUGGAAGCCACUGCUCUCGCCGAACUGAAGGAAGAAAGCGAAAAGAAGAGAAAGAAGUUGAAUAGCAAGCGACAGCAAGAUCCGGACGUUGGAGACGAUGACACCACUGAGGUUAUUUCCGAUAAUAGCCCCCAGGAAAGAUAUCUGCAGGACCUCCGUGGACGGUCUUUGAAGCAGGCUGACGUAUCCAUGGAGAAGUACAUGAAGGAGAAGGCGGCCGCUUCCAACAAUAUCGAGUCAGAAAACAACACGAGCCCUGAGACCGAUACGCCUCUUGCGACACGAGCCAGGCCCAAGACCAAAGCCCAGGUUUACGAGCGUAAAAGAGCCGGCAAACGAGCCACUCGUUAGGCUUUCAGCAAUCUGCCUGAUUGAUAUCAAUGACCGAAACGAAUCUAUGGUCGAAACCAGCGGCAACGAUCACGAACAAUCGAAUGAAUAAUAAUCUGAGCAAAAUCGGAUAAUCUAUUGAAACGAAGGAAAUGAUUUCGCUUUCCAAUUUCUCCAGCUGGGUUGGAGUACUUCCUUUUUUUU